UGCACUUUUCAAUAUGGGGUUAUGUACAUUUAAAUCAUUCGUGUAUUAUUUAUACUAUAUCGAAUGUGUAUAAUUUUUUUAAGUGUAUUUAAUGUUUCUUUUUUUUUAAAGAAAAUAUUUUUUUAAAUCAUUUAUAAUGCGAAUAUUGGAAUUAUACAGCGGUAUUGGCGGAAUGCAUUAUGCCUUUCGAGUUUUAAUUAUCAUGUUAUUUUUUAGAAAGUGGAGUGGCUGGAAAUGUUAUUGGUGCAGUGGAUAUAAAUCCUGUUGCCAAUAAUGUAUAUAAACAUAAUUUUCCAGAAGUCUUACUCAUGAACCGCAACAUUGAAUCUAUAAGUGAAGAGGAAAUUAUAAAUUUAAAUAUAGAUAUGAUACUUAUGAGUCCUCCUUGUCAACCAUUUACUAGAGUAGGAUUACAAAAAGACAAAUUAGAUAAGAGAUCGUGUUCAUUGUUUCAUCUUUUACAAAUUAUACCACGGAUUUCAUCUUUGAAAUAUAUAUUAUUGGAAAAUGUAAAGGGAUUUGAAAACUCUGAGACAAGAAUAGAGUUACUGAAGUGCCUUAAAAGUUGCCACUUUAAUUAUAAAGAAUUAAUUUUAAGUCCGACACAAUUUGGUAUUCCAAAUACUAGGCAUAGGUAUUACUUGCUUGCAAAGAAAAAAGAUUUAAAAUUUUGUUUUGAUGACUCUGUAUUAGAUUAUAGUCUGUCUCAAAGAUUAAUGAUGCUUCUUCCACGAAGUAAACAUCAGUUAUUCAUGGAAAAAGAACAUGUCGAUAAUAUAGAAUUUGGUAUUGUUUGUUAUAAAUUAAAACAUAUUUUAGAAAAUUGUGAAGAAGAAUUAUACUUGAUUCCUAAAAAUGUUCUACAAAAACGAGCUACACUCUUAGAUAUAAGAACGGCAGAAAAUUGUGGCUCUUGUUGUUUUACAAAGGCUUAUGGACAUUACGUUGAAGGUACGGGUUCUGUGUAUUGCCCAUUUUCUGAAGAAACAGUACAAAAAAGCCUUACCGAGUCUACCAAAUAUGAAAAAUAUUCAGAAGAUCAAUUAAAACUCUUUUUAUCUUUAAAGUUAAGAUACUUCACACCAAAAGAAGUAUCUAGAUUAAUGUGUUUUCCAGAAGAUUUUACAUUUCCAAAUAGUACAACAAUUAAACAAAAAUAUAGAUUAUUAGGUAAUUCAAUUAAUGUUGAUGUAGUUAGCAAAUUAAUAUUUUUAUUAUGUAUUACAGAGAAAGAGAAUAUAUAUAUAUGAAAUAUUUAUUUAAAUAAAUAUAUUUGUGCGUUAA